CAAAUUCCCCUUAUCUCAAACGUAGUCUAAAUGACUGGAGUGUCUAAAGCAAGAAAAGAAAAGAAAAGACAAUAAACGACGAAAGGAUAUCUAGAAUCACUACUAAUCGUUUCAGCCUAUUGGAAAGCUUACAAAAUCUGAAGUCUUGAGUCAGUCCGGCACCGACAACACAAUUCUGUUAUCAACUUCUCAUCACUUUCUCAUGGCUGCGUGCGGUUUGGGGACUUCAACCCUUAAAGUUGCAAACUUGGAGCGGGGCAAUGGUCCACCUAAAUUGAUCAAUUUGCAGACUUUUCCAAAAUGCGUCCUAUUUGAUGAUCUGGCAUUUUCACACAAAUCAAACAAGGCUUUGAUGAUUAGGUGCCGGAGUUCGAAAUCCGAGGCUGGGCCUGAUUCCACUACCAAUUUGGAGGACAAACCUGAAGAAAGUUUGUCAUCUGAUGUGCCAAGCACGUACGCUCCCAAUCCGUUUGAGGUAGAAUCUCUUCUGACAGUUAUGUGCGACACAAAAUCAAUAAUGCAGUUUGAACUUAAACUUGGGGAGUUUCAAUUACAUGUGACUAGAGAAUUGGCUGAGCAGAGUGCUCCCCCACAAGCUCCAGUUCCUACACCAGUUGCUGCCCAUUCUGUUCCUGAAACUCCUGGCUCUGAUAAUUCUGAACCGUCACCACCUUUAGCCCUUGCAAAAUCAUCAUCUUUCUCUGGAAGAGUUCAGACCUUGCUUGACAAGGCAGUGGAUGAAGGUUUGGCGAUACUUCAAUCGCCAAGGGUUGGAUACUUUAGGAGAUCUUGGACAAUUAAAGGGAAACGUGCUCCUCCAUCUUGCAAAGAGAAGGACAUAGUGAAGGAGGGUCAGGUGCUCUGCUACAUCGAACAGCUAGGAGGUGAACUACCUGUUGAGUCCGACAUUUCUGGUGAGGUCGUUAAGAUACUUAAAGAAGAUGGCGAUCCCGUUGGAUAUGGUGAUGCUCUUAUCGCUGUCCUUCCUUCCUUUCCUGGGAUAUUACUAUGAACACCAAUAACUAGUUCCUUCCUUUCCUGGGAUAUUACUAUGAACACCAAUAACUAGUACCGUGAUUAGAUUGAACAAAUUGAAUGAACAGACGGAUUAGCUCUAAGACUUUUCUUAUGUAUUUGUUGCCUAUAAAUAGAAAUCUAUUUAUUCGUGUAGUGCCUGCGUGAUUUGUCCAAUGUUGUGUGUAUCCAUCAGCUGUACUGACUCUAUAACCAUGCUACAUUUUCAUCGAAAUGUAUUCCACGAUUCUGACUUUUUUCUUUA